AUGGAUUUCAGUACAACAGUAAACGCUGAUUAUCAGUGGCCUUUUCCAAAACCCAUAGUUGGCAAACCAUGUGAGCCGCCCAAACCAGACGCCGCACCUACCGUCAGACCUCCGCCAGUGGCCCCUUACUGUCAUUGCGAUGCACACUCUUAUUCACCACGGGUCGAACAAUAUAAGCAGUUACUUGAAAAAGAACAGAAGCUCUGUCAGGAUUAUGAACAGUUGAGAAAACAGAUGGUGGAUGUAACCAACGAUAUACUGGAUCAUCCGUGCGACGAUCUCGACACAAAAAUGACCACAAUGUAUCAGGCUACCUUUAAAAAGAGAUCGUUUCCAGUACAAGACUACGAGAAAAUCAUAGCAGCUUCUCAGUCCCCUGCGCCAAUACCCAUGGAGAGCAAUCGCCUUGGGGUGCUCCGCUGUUACAAAGAUCCCACGCAUUUCUCCGAUCAUCCGCCAACAGUAAGACCAACAAUCAACCCUCCAGGACCAGUUCACACUGGGGUUGCGCCUAAAUCCAUACAGACCUGGUUCACAGACUUUCCAGGAAGGUCCGAGUAUAUGGACACCUACAGUGCCUCUGCGAAGGCCUGCUGGAGGUCGAUGCAGAGGUACAAGGAGCCCUUGCCGUCCACGAGGCGAAGGGCUGAUGAUACGUGUGUGUGA